AUGAACAUCAACGGCUACUACGGCGACGACGCCUGGGACUAUGGCCACAAGCGUCGCCCCUCACCCCACCAUGGAUACAGCGACUACCCAAACGGCUUCCUUGCGCCUGGCAUGGGCGGGGGACUUCACCGAAGCAGAUCGCAGGGCCACGGACCUGCGCCCACGAUCAACGUCUACAACCGCAACUUCCAAGACCAAGAGGGAUCUCCCAUGCCUCCAUACGUGCCAUACCCCGCUUCCCCACCAUCCCACCGCGCCUCAUCACGCUCGUCCAGCCACAGCCGUGGUCGCAGUCGAUUCGGCGAGAGACUAGGCGAUGAGAUCCUCGAGCGCGAGAUUGCUGAUAUGGUGUUGGAGAACCGCUUGCGAUCGCGGUCGAGAGGUCGUUCAGAUGCUUCUGCUUUCGAUCGGCCGCCUUCUGGACUCGCUCAAUGGCAGCUGGCGCAGAGGGAGGCUGAGCUGAGGGAGCUGUCGCGGGAACGGCAACGUAAGCUUGACGAAGAUCGCAUCAAAGCCCAGGCUAGAUUGGACGCUUUGGACAACGAGCGGAAGAUGCGUGAUGCGCAGGACAAGAAAGAAGCGGACGAGAAGCGAUGGAGGGACGAGUAUGAGCGAAAGCAGCGCGAAGCCAAGGACAAGGCCAAAGCAGACGAGCAAGCUUUGAAAGACAGGUUGGAGCGUGAAGCCAAGGAGAAAGAGGGCAGAGACGCGGCAGCAUACAAGGCGUUCAAGCAGAAGGAGCAGGAUGAGAAGGACGCCAAGGAGCGCAAGUACAAUGAAUUCCUGCGGGAGCAAAAGGAGCGGGAGGAGAAGAAGAAGCGCGAGGAGAAGGAGGCCGAAGAGAAAUUCCAAACUGAGAUGCGCAGGCGUCUGCAGAGUCUUGGGUACACCGAAGCGACGAUCGACAUGAUGGUGGACGAGGAGAAGGCGAAGAAGUUCAAGAAGACUGUUCAGACCACGGACACGCUCGAUGUCUGGCGGCCACCGCGUGCGCCCAUCUAUCCCAAGAUUCGGCGCGAGUUUAUUGAGAUUGAUACGUUGAAGUACUACGACCUGCCAUGGAAAUACGACAGCAGCGACCCCGACUACAUCAUCAUCAUGCGCGACAUGGACAAGCGAGAAACUGACUACCUAUUCGAGCAUACGUCACGCCUGCGAUCCGGCAAGCUGCUGAUCGAACCGGCCAAGAAGCAGGACAAGCAAUUCGCACUGUACCGCAGGAGGUCGAAGAGUCGAUCUGGGCGGCCGGUCGAGGUUGGGAUUUUGCGGAGAGGAUGA